AUGCAAACAAGCGGUGCACCACAAGAUCCUUUCGAAUCGUUUAAUAAAAUAUCACACAAUGAUGAUGAUAUUGAUAAUGGAUUCUUGCAUGUAGGGACUAAGCACAUACCCUUUUUGCUGUCAUCUUGUACGACAUUUGAUACAGCGAAGAUCUUCUCUAAAUUACUCGCCAACAACAACUGGAAGACUCCACGAGUAGUUUUAUUUUUAGAUGCCAGCACUGAAGAAAUGCUUGAUACAUCGGAGGAAUGUCGUUUGUUGGGACAUCUCCUAAUAAAAGGUUUAAUGUCGACUUUAAACACUACUGAAACAUGGUUAUGCACGAAUGGGUUAGAUGAAGGGUUCACAAGUGAGUUGGGUGAGGCUUUCAAAAAUGAAAUCUCGAGACGAAAAGUAUUCUUCAGGCAAAAAAACAGAUACGCUUUUCCCGAAGCAGCUUUGAUUGGCAUCCAUAGAUUGGACGCCUUGAGAAUAUCUGAAAAAAUUGAGUUUAUGAGGGAGGAUUUAGAAAAACAGCAAGGCUUGAAAAAAGACAUAAAUGAAAACUUUGACUGCUAUGUAUUUUUGAAGGAUGCUCACAAAGUGAAGCAAGGGGUCUCAAACUUUAUGUUGAGUUUUUUAAGUCAUAUCAGCGAAGGUCGUAUUUCUUUGAAUGAUGACUCACGGGAAGACAUUUCAAGGAAGAAAAUUCCUGUCGUAGUCAUAUUAUUCCAUGGCGAGUUAAAUGAUAUGGACAUGAUUUUGGGACUCAUUAAAAAAGGCUUGCCAUUGAUAGUGAUGAAAGGCAGUGGUGGACUGGCUGAUUUGAUAUCUUUCACAUACAGCCAAAUUCGAAAUUUUCAUGACUCUAUUAACCUUGGCGAAUAUUGUGAGACAGUGAUAAAACCUCUUUUUUUAGAGCAAUGGGAUAAGCUUUGUCCUGAUGGAUCCCUUAGUAAAACAUUAAAACAAGAAAUUUUCAUGAAAAUAAUAAACUGUAUUCGAUGUUCUUAUCAACAUGGUAGAGAAACCAUAACAGUUCUUAAUCGUUUUGAUUUGGAAGAUGACUCAAUUCCUUUAAAUUCUUAUUUGCUAAAGGCUUCCUUUAAUUCCCGCCCAGAUGAUUUUAUCUUUGAUUCGCAUAACAUGAGAGAAGAUUUGUUGUUAACUAUGAAUUGGAAUAAUCCCGAUGUUGCCAAGUCUGAAAUACUUUAUAAGGAUAAUGGUUUUAAAAUUGAUAAUGAGAUAUUUUUUAAGUGUCUAGUCAAACCAGAAAGAGAACAAUUUAUAGCCAUGUUUCUUAAAAAUGGUUUUAAAGUUCGGAAAUUUAUCAAUAGUCAAGUUUUAUCAAGUUUGUUUCAAAACUCCCUGAAAGAAAUGUUUUUUAGAUCUGUUGUAUGGGAAACUAUAUUUGGAUAUAGGUCCACAGUAAAAAUUCCAGGAUAUGCCAUCGAGCACAAACUGUCGCAUCUGCUCGAAAAAUUUACAAGCAUUCCGGACCUAAUAAAUUGUCGCCAAAUAUAUUGUGGGGUUGGUGAUGAAUUAAAAGAAGACCAAUCAGAAAGAAGAGCGAUUUCUGUACUUACACUCUGGGCUGUUUUGUCAUAUCGCAGUGAUUUGGUGAAAAUCCUUUUGAAUUACUCCGAACAACCUAUAUAUUUGGCAGUGGUCUGUUCUGCAGUAUUUAACAGACUGAAAACAUUUGUUGUGGACUUGAAUAUGCAAGAAGAUAUAUCUCAACAAUCAAAGAUGUUAUCGGAGACAGCGAUACAAUUGCUAAGUUAUUGCUACGACAAAGUACCCUGCAGAGCUCUUGCAGUGUUAUGUGCAAAGAGUUCAGUUUGGUCUUACAAACCACUUAUCGAAACUGCAGCUUUUGCUAAAAAUAGAUAUUUCCUGGCCCAUCCUUGUUGCCAAAAAUACUUGGACUGCGUGCUAAUGGGAAAUAUAAACAUAGUAAACCUUCGUUAUGGUGACGUAACUCUCCCACAAUGGUUAAAAUUAAUAUUAUGCACAUUUUUCAUCUUUCCUAUGCUUCUAUGGAUCAAAUUUGAAUCGACAAAUCUGUCUGAAAGCUCAUACCACACGAAAUUUCAUGAUUCAGUCAAGCGAUCUGUAAACGGUAAUUUUUCGGAUGCCGAGAAAAAUCGUAGCUGUGCUAUGGCCAGCUUGUGGAAAUCCCUAUUUAGACUUUGCCAUGUGUAUUUGGACUUUAAUGAUGUUAAUAGACUUAGUGCACCAGUAUAUUUUCUUGCAGUAUCCUAG